AACUACACUCCUCCUGCCUCCAUCUUUUCUCCCCUGGGUGCCGGGGACCCCCAGGCCCAGCAGUCCCCCUCCAUGCCCCCCCAUCCCAUGGCCCCAGGCCAGGCCCAGAACCAGGGCAUGCAGCAGCAGCAGAUGGAGGGAAUGUGGAGGGAGCGCCCGGAGCCCCUACUGGAGAUGUCAUACAGGUAUUGGUCUGUUGCUUUUAUAAAUUGGCCUAUUCCUGAUUUAAGAUUAUGAGAAACAUUGAUAGUGGAUUACAUUACUAGUAGUGUUAUAUGGCCUCAAAGCUCUUAACAUUUUAAGGUGGUAAAAUUGCAAUUUAGAAAACUCUGCAAUAAUUCACAAUAAUUCCAGUCUAAACCCAUGGACUGUGAUUACCGUCCAGCCGCUGCAGUCCAUCCCUGCUGAGAAGAUCACUAAGAAACCCAUCCCUGAGGAGCACCAGGUCCUGAAGAACACCUUAGAGGGCCUCAUCCAGUGCUUGGCUGCUGCCACAGACCCUGUGAGUACAGCACUCCAAAAAAUAAAUCCCCUUCAGUUACAGUUCAUAUACAAUACUGUGUAGUACAUAGACGUUUAGAUGCCUCUUCAAAUAAAACUCCUUUCCUAUAUAAUUAAUUUGUCUACAAAGUGAUUUUAAAAAAGUGAUUGUGUAAAACAUUUUUCAAUGUACUUGUCUCAUCCCCCACAGCAAACCAAGAGGAAGCUGGAUGACGCCAACAAGCGCCUUGAGGCCCUCUAUGACAAGCUACGAGAGCAGACAGUGAGUUGAAUAAUUCUACAUUCUUACACUUCUAAAUUCCAUGUUAGAAUGUUGCAUAUCAUUUUGAAACGUACACUCACACCAUGAAUCUCUCUCUGUCAAUCUCUGUCUAUCUCUCUCAAUUUCUCCCUCUUUCGUCUCUCUCGGUCUCUUUGUUGUGUCUAGCUCUCCCUGGCCAUCGUAGGAGGCCUGCACAACAUGGUGCAGUGCAUCGAGUCUCGUUCCUACAUGGAGAGCCUCAACAUCCACACGCACAUAGUGAGUAGCAGCAACUUCAGCGAGACGUCUGCCUUCAUGCCUGUGCUUAAGGUGGUGCUGCAAGCCAACAAACUGGGGGUCUGA